CUUGGCUCCCUUCGUUUUGAUUCGGUUCCCACAGAUUCUCCAGUGAAGACCUCCCCACCCGUGGACCGAACCAGAACCGAACAAGGUACCGUUUCCGGUCAGAUUCGGGUUCUAGUUCCACGUCCGUUCUGGACACGUCUCGUGCCUCAGAGGCUGGGUGUGUUCGGGUUGACCCGGACCGGAAUUCGGCUCCUGUAGCGCGGUUCUGAGGAAUGAGCCCGGCUCAGGUCCACCCGAACCACCACCAUGGAUUCUAAAGAUCUGGGAGCCCAUCUGGAGGAGAAGCUGACCCUCACGGACAAGACACAGCGACCAGAACCCCGGCACGCGCUGCCGUCGAUGACACAACGCUCCCGGUCUCGGUUCGGCACUUACUUGUGUGGCGAGGUGGAGAAGGGAGGGCCCGGGCGGGAUUCGAUCCCCAGACUCCCGGGUGAGGGACAUCCCCUUGGCCAAGUAGCCCGGGAGCACGGUCAGUCGGGACCCUGACGGGACGCUCACACUUGCACACUUGUGCACCUCGCACUCGGAGCCUUGCUGCACACUUUGUCCAAGUGCACUUUGCUGAAGGCAGUGUUGGGAGUGGGCCUUGUUCUCUCACCCUAACCCUAGACACGCACAAACUCUGAUCCGGAGUGCUCCAGGCUCAGCAGAACCUCCUGCUGUAACUCAUCAUUUGGACUCCGUCCGUUUCUUGCGGUUCUGACUCACGGUUUGAGUACUGGGCUGUUGUCUGGUCCAAGUUCCAGCUGUCAGACGGGCUCACCUUUCAGGAGCUCCUGGUGGACCCAGUGAGUCCAGUAGCUGCAGAACCAGGACCUGGACUCGGACCUGAAUGGAAUGGAUCGGGUCUCUUGACUCCAUCCAAAACAUUUGAACCAUGACUCAUCUUGCUGUCAUGUGCUGGGCGGAGCCUGUCCAGGCCAUUGGAACUAACCAAUCAGAAUGAUUGAAACAAAUCAAUAAACUGAAGGAAAUGAGGUUUGAGUGAACUCACUCCGUGGUUCUGACCUGUUUCACCGAGUCAGCAGCCAGCUUGAUACAGAGUUUGUUCCUGUGGGUUCUACAGAAGUUUCGGCUCGGUUCUGAGUCCGCUUGUGUGAGAUGUGAGCUUCCUGUUUCCUGUUUACCAAAAUAAAAGCUCCACCCGUCUCUUGUUACUGCUGCAUCUCAGAAUAUUUAGUCAAACCUACAGGAUCACAAAAACCCGUUAAACACCGGUGUUCUGAUUCCUUCAUGAUGUGAAUCAGCUGGUAACAGAGUUCUAAAGAGGUCAAAGCUGGAGUUUCGGUUCUGGUUCUGAGGUUUGUUCCGGUUCUAGGAAUGUGUUUCCUGUUUCUUCUCCCUGGGGCGUGGAGCCUUGUGUUUCCGGUUCUCCUGGUAUUCAUACAGGAGAGGUCCUUCAGGAACGCACGAGAAACUCCUGCAGACAGUCCAGCUGAAGCCCAGACACCACAGAUGGUUCUGACCCAGCUCUACCCCUGCAAUCGGACUCUCAGUCUAUCCAGAAUGAGAAGAACUCAGGAAAAGAUCUUCUGACUCCAGAAGACUCAGCUGUUUCAGACUUGUCCCAUAAAUCAGACACUGUCUCAAAGACAUUCUCCUCCAGGACUGAAGCCAGACCUUACAGCCCCGGGUCCACACCCGGCCCCUGCAGCAGCCCACAGCCCAAGAAAGAUUCAAUGAGCUCAGAGCAGAGACAGAAGCUAGCACGGGAGCGAAGGGAGGAGCGAGCUCGAUACAUUGGACGUCUUUCACCUGCUCUUUCUUUGUUUUUGAUGCUCUCAGAACAACAGACUAAACUUCAAGCAGCGAAGAAGGCCCAAUGGCUGGAGAAGGAGGAGAAGGCUCGGCAGUUGAGGGAGAACCAGCUGGAGGAGCGCAGAAGAAGGCUGGAGGAGCAGAGGAUGAAGGCUGAGAAGCGUCGAGCCCUGCUGGAGGAGAAGCAGAAACAGAAGCUAGAGAAGAACAAGGAGCGAUACGAAGCAGCAAUCAGAAGGUCAACCAAAAAAACGUGGACUGAGAUCCGCCAGCAGAGGUGGUCCUGGGCGGGGGGACUCAACCAGACCUCACGUAGAGAAAGCAGAUGCUCGGCCUCUACAGUCAACUUGCCGAGACAGGUGGACCCUGUCCUUAACAACAGGCUGUCCAAGUCCUCCGCCACGCUCUGGAACUCUCCCAACAUAACCCGCAGCCUGCGUCUGAGCCCGUGGGAGAGCCGUAUCGUGGAGCGUCUGAUGACGCCAACGCUAUCCUUCCUAGCCCGCAGCCGUAGUGCUGCCACCCUCCUGAACAACAGCGACUCCUCCUCAGCCAGCCCGUUUGGCUCCUCCUUCCAUCAGCAUCAGAACUCAGCUGAGCGCUGGAGAGUUUCCUCUGCCAGCACGCCAGACAUCACGCAGCGGCAGCGCCGACAGAACUCCACACCGGUGGAGAAGAAGAAGAAGGAGAAGAAGGACAAGGAGCGAGAAAAUGAACAGGAGAAGAUUGCUCUGACCAAAGAGAGAGUGCAGAAGAAGAGACCGAUGACAUCAUCACCAAGCGCCACCAACCAGAGAUUCAGGCCUGAGAGCAGUGCUCCGAGGCCCAGGAACAGACCUCCUUCUCCUGCUGCACCCAAAAGUCAUCCCCUGUCCCCCCUGGUCGCAGCAACCACCUCUAAGACACCUCCUCCUUCUGCCGGCACCAAGACCCGACCCAGAAGGGCCCAGACCCCCGUCAGAGUGCAGCCCCAGACAGUGUCCACGGUCGCCAUGGGAACCAGACCUGAGCCUGGAAGAGUCCAUGCCUCAGAGGAGAAAAAGGCCUGUGGUAAUGUUCCUGCCAUCGUAGUCACUUCAUCUCCACUCAAGCCCCCAGCUUUCAGCCCACCAAUAGUUUCGGCUCCAGCUCCAUCUAGAGUGAGUCCACCGCCGCCCCCGAGUCCCCGCCCCCCUCCGACUAGCAAAACAUCAGCUGGCACCAAUGACCCGGAGGAGGCAGCUCGUAUCCUGGCUGAAAAACGGAGACAAGCCAGAGAGCAGCGGGAAAGAGAGGAGCGGGAGCAUCUGGAUCAGGAGCAGCACAUCAGGGUUCUGCGGGAGGAGACGAUGGUGCAGGAGGCGGAGGAGAGGAAGCGCAGAGAAGAAGAGGCUCGCUUCAUGAAGGUGCAGCAGCCCCUGAGAGACAAAGCUCAGCAGGCUAAAGAGCAGGAGGAGGUGCAGCAGAAAGUGAUGGAGGAGCAGGAGCAGAGCCAGAGGCUUCAGAAGCAGAAGGAGGAGGCUGACUCCAGAGCCCGAGAGGAGGCGGAGCAUCAGCGCACAGAGAGGGAGAAACACUUCCAGAAGGAGGAGCAGGAACGAUUGGAGAGGAAGAAGCGCCUGGAGGAGAUCAUGAAGAGGACUCGGAAGAGUGAUGCAGGAGAAAAGAAAGACGUCCGAGCGUCCCUGCAGGUCAACGGCUCUGAGCUCAGUCAGGGUCCAGUGAGCCUUCCAGGCCCUGCUGCAGCGCCCCCCCAACCCCCACAGACCGGUCCCAUGCUCGUCAACGGCAUCCAGCCUGCUGCGCACCAGAACGGGGUGUCAGCCAAUGGCAGCCUGGAGGAGAUGAUGGACAGCCAGCUGCAGGGCGGGCUGCAAGCCUUCGAGGGGGCGGAGCCUUUCCUGAUGAAGACAGGUGCCAUGAAGCCUCAGCACAUCGCAGAGGUCCUGUGAGUUGCCAUGGAGAUGGGCCUCAUCGCUCCAGAUCUCUUCCCGUCCCACAAUCCUCUGUGGGCUCCGCAGCAGCGUGCCAAACGUCGGGUGGAGGAGGAGCUGGAACAUUCAACCUUCUGCUUGUUUUGGUGCAUCCGUGUUCCGCCGGCGCUCCGGGAGACUAACCCCGGAUCAGCGCCACGUGUUAUCCUACUUCCUGUUGUUCUGAUGUUCGUAGUCGUGUUUGCUGUUUUUGUCUUAAAGUGUUGACUUAUUUAACAGUGGCUGCCUCAGAGAUCUAAUAAAGCUUUAUGACAAA